GUGGUGGAGGCUGAUGAUGCCAGUGCGCCGCCAGCUGUCGGCAGGAGAAGACACACAGGUUUUCGCUGCUCGCCGUGUGCCACUAACGCAGCCGCUACACUUCGCCACACUCGGUCAAUGUUGUGGUGACUCAGCCUGGCCCAGGACUGCCUCACUGUGCCUGAAGGAGGGCGGGGGCGGUGCAGGGUGUGGGUUGGUCAUGUGCCAAGGGCCCGUCCCGCUGGUAGGAUGGCCCGUGUGGGAGAUGAGGACAAGGGACGCGACACACGGAACACAAAAGUGAACUCAUUUUUCUGAACAUGCUGACUCCUCCCGGGGGCGCGACGCCUUGCCACGGCUGCCCGCUGCGUCCCUCCGUCCCGGCCACUCACCAACAUCUGAACCUAAAUAGAAACUGGUGAUCUAGCUUAUGUGACCUCUCGUGACCUGACAGAACACCCCGUGAAGUGACGUGAAGCGGUGCCCGGCGUCACAAAAACUGAGCAACUGAACACCAAGAACAAGAUCAAACUGUGUGGUGACCUCCCGUGACCUGACCUGUGACCUCCACGCUAGAUACUUCCCCGUGCUGAGUGACGCGGAAAGACACGUGCUGCCUGGCAUCCAUCACGAGGCUGCCCGCUGACCGCUGACCGCUGACCCUCACAGGCCGUCAGGAGCAGCCCGCCUCAGGCCCUACAAAGUGGAGUGUCUGGAGCCGCGGCGUGCUGGCGGGUAAGAGUGGAAGCUAAGACCUACAAGUGAAGCAGAGGAGGGAAAAAGUACAUAAAACUAAGUAAUAAGAUCACAUCAAAGGCAGACAACUCGUGACUCCUGGUGUCGUUGGCGGCGUGUCAUCCAUCAGGCGGGGACGUUGUGGCGGCCUGGGCGUGCUGAGCCGGCAAGGCGAGGGCGCCGAGGUACAGCAGGGCCAGCGUGUACCCAGGUUGUGAGAGGUUGCGAGGCUCAGCAGCGCGGCGGUGGGCGGCGGUGUGGUGCGCCUAGACCAGCAGCGAGGAGGGCGUGCGCGGCGCGGCGAGGCGGUGCUGGCAGUGGGCGGUGAGGUGGAGGGCGUGUUGCUGUAGCAGGAAGUGGUGCACCCGCCACCACCACCACUACCACCACCAUGGACAACCUCACGAUGGACUUCGUGCCCCUGAACUGCUCCUUCCUGUCACGCCUGGAGGAGGCCAAUAACACGGACAUCGCGGACGUGAACUGCAGCCUCAGCCUGUUCGAGGGCGGCGCGGGGCGCAUGAGCACCACGGCCAUGGUGGUGACGCAGCUGUUCUACGCCCUCACCUGCCUGGUGGGGUUGUGUGGCAACACUCUCGUCAUCUACGUGGUCACCAGGUUCUCCAAGAUGCAGACGGUCACCAACCUGUACAUCCUGAACCUGGCCAUCGCUGACGAGCUGUUCGUGAUCGGCAUUCCUUUCCUGAUGACCACCUCGGUGCUGGGCCACUGGCCCUUCGGCUCCAUCAUGUGCAAGCUGUACAUGAUCACCACCUCGCUCAACCAGUUCACCAGCUCGCUCUUCCUCACCAUCAUGAGCGCCGAUCGCUACAUCGCCGUGUGUCACCCCAUCAGCUCGCCCAAGUUCCGCACGUCCAUGAUCUCCAAGCUGGUGUCGCUCACCGCCUGGACGCUCUCCGCCCUCAUGAUCGUGCCGGUGUUCAUGUACUCCAACACGCUGGAGGACGACGGCCUCGACACCUGCAACAUCUUCUGGCCGGAGAGUCACGGCGUGCGCGGCGAGAUCGCCUUCAUCCGCUACUCCUUCGCGCUGGCCUUCGGCAUCCCGCUGUGUCUCAUCUUCAUCUUCUACAGCCUGGUGCUGCACAAGCUGAAGACCGUCGGGCCCAAGGCAAAGUCCAAGGAGAAGAAGAAGUCCCGGCAGAAGGUGACGCGCCUGGUGCUGACGGUGAUCACAGUGUACGUGCUGUGUUGGCUGCCCUACUGGGUGCUGCAGCUCACGCUCAUCCUCAGCCCGCCCAAGCAGGGCCACAGCAACUUCAAGCUGGUGCUGUACAUGAUCUCCUCCUGCCUCUCCUACAUCAACUCUGCGCUCAACCCAAUCCUGUAUGCCUUCCUCAGCGACAACUUCAAGAAGAGCUUCAUGAAGGCGUGCACGUGCGCCGCCCGCCGAGACGUCAACAACGCCCUCAAGCCAGAGAACUCCAUGUUUGCCGUGCGGUACCGCGGCACCUCUGUGCGCUCCCGCCUCACCGGGAAGGACCGGGAGUCCGCGGAGGGCACCACCUCCCAGUGUGGCAUGAGCAAGGAGCCCUCCACGGCCGUCACCACCACCUCGGCCAAGCCAAGCCACACAGGCAGUGACGGGGACAGCCACUCCGUCAGGAACGGCCGCUCCCCGGGGCCUCGCCUCCCCGACCUCUUGCAGUGAGCGGCAGCAGGAGGGGAGACCCGCCUGUCACUGGGGGUAGCAGCUGUCCGCCCGCUGACGAGCGGAGCCAAACUGUGCACGUGGAACCCCCCCCGGCACCCCGCCGCCCCUGCCCGGGACGACACGCCAGACAGUGACACGCUCUACCUGCGAGAUGACCCGUUGAGAGCAAAGUGCGAGGCGUGCACGGAUGUGAUGCCUCGCUGUGGGUGGCCGCGGGGUGCGGGGGCCGCGGGGGGAGGCGAGUUAUGGGCGGCGAGGGAGGCCGUGGCGGCUUCAGGUGUGGUCGGGCUGACGACCUACAUCUCGCUCCGCCUCAGAGACUCGGAGUGACUUCGUAUCUUGUGUCAGUCAGUUUUAUGUGGCAUUCAAAACCCAGAGUGUCCGUCAGCGGCGGCGGGCGGCAGGGAGGUGGCGAGGCGCCGCCUGUCAAUAGUAUAUUUGGCCUCGCGGGCGGCGGUCCUGCUGCACGCCGGCCACGCUGUCAUCAUUACUUCUGUGUUUCCUUCGGUGUCGAGCAGUAACUCCGGUAGAUUUAGCGUUAUCAGGAGCAGGCAGCCUUUUUCCGCGGCGUGAGUCACGGUGCUGGCCGGGGUGAGGCCCAGACUAUCAGCUGAGUUACAGCAACAAAAGCCUGUGUCGGGCGGGGCGUGUUGAGGCGCGCCGUGUUGCACCGAGGCGCCGAGUCCGUCGCCCCGACCACCGAAGCACCGGCCGUGAAAGUCAAGCAUCGCAGAAUCCUCAAGAGGGAGCCGCCGAGGAAUGAUGUGCGAGGCAGUUUGCGUCGACCACUAACUGCACACGACUGACUCUUGACUGUCUGACUUGUCGUAAGCAUAAUAUGUACGUCGCGAUACAUUCUAGUUCCAAAAGUCUAUGAAUAUCCCACAGAAUUGAGGCCAGACUGAAUGCCUGAGCACUCCACGAGGAACUGAACACCAAAGGGAGGCGAGAUUGAAGCUGCGGAAAGCUGUCACACUGAAUUCUUGUUACAGUGCGGAGGAGCACCACCAGAAAAUUGCACACACACACACACACACACACACACACACACACACACACAUUGACGACACAGAAAUAGCGACCUAAUAAAAUGCAUAAUGAAGGAAUGAAUGGCGCAACGAAGGUGUUACAUGGACACGGAAGACGACGCCCAAACACCGUGGCGACUCCAGCAGGUGUUGUCAAAGGCGGUGGAGGCAGGAAGUGGUGUUUAUCGACAAUGUUUGUUUGCUUUUAAUACACAUCAGUGGGACUAAGACUCAUUUGUCGAGGUUACAAAGGCGGCACCGCACGACUCUAAUACCUUGUCCCGGAAUGCGCACAAAGGGAGGAGGAAGACUGCAAAGAAUAAUAGUUGUUAAAUAGAUCAAUUCCAUCCCGAGACCUGAUUGCUAAACUGUGACUCUUUACACUUUCAUGACAAUAUUCUGAAACACUUUUGUGCCGCACCUCCGCUAAUUCAAAAGGUUCCAGCUGAAGUUACUCGGGUUUUUAAGGGUAUUUUUACGUUUCUAGUGACAUUAACAAGACAUCUACAUUAUAAACGAGAAAAGCACUCUCGAGAAUCCAACUAAUCAUCUCUGUGGCCUUGGAAAUUAGUCGUGGUGAGAGAGCAAAGCGUUUCAGAUACUGGCCUCACUGCUCCGGUCAUCUUUUCCCUUCACAUUCACGGCACUGUAUAAAAGAUCACGCAUGGAGAGACAGAAAAGAAGUAAAAGGGAUUAUCUUUGUCUUUUCUAUAAUACAAAACUAUUUAAGAGACUGUAACGCGAAAAAAUAUGCCUUAAAAGGUAAUAAGUGAUGAUAGAGAAAAAUUUGUCCAGCAGUGAAUGGCCAGAUAAGGAUUUAGGAGACUUGUUUGACCCGAAGAGCAGAGCGCGGCACCAGGCAGCUUAGGUGACGCUGCUGGGGUGGAACCAGAGAGAGAGGUAACGCGAGGCACUUGGAGUUAAAACAAAGAAAAAGUAUAUAGGUCACGUUAAAUACUUUAGCUUCAGAUAAUUCGAGGAGGAUCGUGAAAUAUAUUGCCAAAUUCAAAGUUAUUAAGGAUACUAAACUAUUUUGAGUGACUGCGUGCUCUAGAAUCCUGAUACAUCUUGGAGGACGAUCAGAAUAUAUUCCCUUUGUGUGUUAAAAAGACCUCGAAUGUUUAAAAAGGUCUGAUAUGAGGAGCAAGAAUGGCUGCGGUGAAAAGGUCCCAUAUGUAAUGCAAGAAUAGUUAAUCAUGUUAAGAAGAAGACCUUAAUGAAGAGCAAGAAUAGCCAAAUAUCUUCAAAAUGUUUCAUAUGAAGCGUAAAAAUCAGCUAAUUGUGCAAAAAAAAAGUCGGAUAUGAAGCGUAAGAAUAAAUCCUUACCCUUCAUGUCGACUUGUGUUGAAAAUGGCCAAACGUGAAGCUAAAUGUGUUAAAAAGCUCUUAUGUGGAGUGCAAGAAUAGCCGUGUUAAAAAGAUCUCAUGUUAAGCCAAUUGUUAAUAAGGUCUCUAUGAAGCGCAGGGACAGCUAAGUGUAUUAAGAAGGUAUAUGAAGCGUGAGGACAGCUGUGUUAAAAAGAUCUCUGUGAAGCGCAGGGACAGCUAAGUGUAUUAAGAAAGUAUAUGAAGCAUGAAGAUAAUUGUGUUAAAAAGGUCUCUAUGAAGCGCAAAGAUAAGUAAAAAGUUCUCUGUGAAGCGCAAAAGUAUCAAAAUGUAUGAAAAAGGUCUCGAAUUAAGCAUAAAGACAGCUAAAAAGGUCCUGAAUAAAGCACAGAGAUAGCCAAGAAAGUCUGAAUGAAGCGCAGGGAAUGAAAUGUUCCUCCCAGCUCAGUGUUUUCAUCGUCGCCGUGAGUGAAGUGCACGAGGUGAGAGACGAGGCAGCAGGUGUUGCUCCCCGCGACCCGAAGUAUACAAGUGCCGCCUUCCAACCCCGCCAGUAAUGCCUUCACUGCUGCUUGGCACGUCUCCCCCCCAUCACAAAGCACUGAGAGACAUUUCCUUCCGUUGUGCAGUCACUUCUACCCUCUAUAUUGGAUAAAAAAUGGGGGAAUCUAUUCUUUUUAAUAUCUUUCUCUCUUGUAGGUGUCUGUAAUCCUUUCGUUGCUGUUUGGCGCGUCAUAACUCAUCACAAAGCACUAAGACACAUUUCCUUGCGUUCUUCAGUCACUUCUACACACUAUGUUGGCUAAAAAGUGGGAGAAAUCUGUUCUUUUAUCCCUGUUCUUACUUAUGGGUACUUGUAAGGAUUUGUAUUAAUCUUUCAUUAGCUAGUUGGCGCGUGUCUCCAUCACAAAGCACCAAGAGAUAUUUCCGUUCUUUCCGCAGGUGGUUUUAUAUAUUAUGCUGACUAGAAAUUUGGAAAUUCUAUUCUUUUUAAUCCCUUUUCUUUGCUGUGGGUGUGUAUAGUAUAAAGAUCUUUGACAUGCAGUGGUGGGAUGUGCUGCGUGUUGCUGUGAAAGGAUCAAGAUGUCUGGAAAUUGGAAAAAAAAUCUAUUACCAAAGAUAUUAUGAAGAGUUAAGAUAUGUGAUGGAGCAAGAAUUGGAGUCCCCUUAAUAACACAGUACUGCCGAAGGUUUGAUAUUAACGGUCUUAUAAAUUUUCAGUAAGAUCAUUGUAAUUCACUUUCCCGCCGCAUCCCACGAGCAGGGCGGGCCGCGGUGAAAUACUGUCAACGAGACGAGGAGGAAACAAAUGUGGCUCUAAUCUUUUGUGACAAAUAUUCUUACUUUAUCAAGCCGCCGCCCCGAUGUCACGUGACUGGAGGAGAAUGUGUGUGUGUGUGUGUGUGUGUGUUUGUGGUGGGCGAGGCGCAAUCUCCUGACAAUAAGGGGAGCGGCGGCGUGGCCCUGAGAGAGAGACUGCCAGACUGCUAAGGGUGCAUACUGUCACCACUCCAGGGGCGCCACCAUGUAUCUCUCUUACCUACUUUUUUGCCUCCUCCUCCUCCUCCUCCUCCUCUUUCUCUCCAUUCCUCUGUUCCCUCAUUUCCAUCUUUAUUCUUUCUUCUCCGUCUCCUCCUCUUUAUUCAUCUACUAUUACUCGUCCCUGUCUCCUCCUUCUCUCCAUCGUUAUUCUUCCCUGUCUCUGCCUCCUCCUCCUCUUCCUCUUCAUUCCUCAAUUCCUUUUCUCGUCCUUCUCUUCCUCCUCCUCCUCCUCCUCCUCACCAUUCCUUCUUUUUCCUCUCCAUCGUCAUUCUUCCUUACCUCUGUCUCUUCCUUCGCUGCAUUUUUCCUCUAGCCCCCAAAAAAUAUAAAGAAAAAAGACCAAAAAGGCCCAAGAAUUCUAAUAUUUCCAGCUUAUCUCCAUAAUACCUUAAAUGGCACGUAAUUCUGCACUCUGAGUCUUGUGUUCCAGCGGCGCAAGGUUGAAUUUACCUUAACAACUAUACGAGAAAUAUUACAUCAUGGUUGCCUCUCCACUAUCACAAGAGCUUUAUUUUAACCUUUUAUUUUUUACGAUAUUUUUUUUUUCUUCUUUUUUAGUGAGAAUGCACACGCGCGCGCCAAUGUCUGUUUGUCUGUCUGUACGUAUGUAGCCCCCGCGCGCCAAGACGUUUUAAUUAAGAAGAUCCAUAAUAUAUAUAUCACAGAUUAUUCUUAUACUGUAUUAGGUGUAGUGUAAAGUAAGUAAAUAAGUAAAGCAAGCUAGUACGUACGUCAUAAUAUUAUAAUACACGUUUUUUUGGUGUAUAUUUGCAGAUGUGUUUAAUGUUUGUUAAAGAAAUACAUACAUAUAUAUAUACACUCAUGGCUGAUAGUGUAACCCGAUGGACAUGUACUUGUGUAGGUGUACGAGGUAGACCGCUAUUUCGUAUUACUGCAGUGAACAAAACUAUGUAUGUAUGUACACGGUCAUUAAUAUAUUUAGCCCCACACGUGUAAGCCUUUGUGUUUGUAUGGGAGAGAGAGAGAGAGAGAGAGAGAGAGAGAGAGAGAGAGAGAGAGAGAGAGAGAGAGAGAGAGAGAAGUAUUUUGUGCGUUAUUCUAUGUAUAUAUAUAUAUAUUUCAAAAUGGCUUUCAGUAGUGCUGCUUCUGUACUCCUGAUCAGGUUGUCACCAUCACCACCACCACCACCACCCCGUGCACCCUCCUUGCGCGGGUCACUUAACACUAGAGCGCGGAUACCAAGUUGUCACUCCCACGACACUAACGCGAACUCACUGAUGUGUUGCUGGCAUUGGCGCAUCCAGGCGAGGGGAGACAGGAGCUGGGACACUUGGCAAGCCCUUCCCUUCCUCCCUUGGGCAAUAGACACCUGGAAACUGCACUAAAGUCGAGUACACGUGUAUUAAAAAUUGCCUCAGGUGUAGAAAGGGAAGGUUUUAUUGAUUCUGAUGGUUCUAGUGGCGUGAAGUUGAGUAUCCUUGCUUGGUAUUCCCUUAUCUUGGUACCAGACUUCUCAGAAUUGCAGCAAAUUCCAGUGCGUGUAUUAGACUGAAAUCUUGUCUCAUGUAAAGAAGGAAGCGAAGGAGGAGGGGAAGGUUGUCAGAGUUGUAAUGGCAGAAGCUUGGGAACUGUUGUUUUGCCCCUCCUACCUCUCACGGAUACUAAACACCACAGAACUGCACUAAAAUCAGGUGCUACACGUGAAGAGGAGGAGGAGGAGGUUCAGACGAUAGAUGAAUAGGAGCUUUUCACUUGUCUGGCCCUUCUUUCCUUCCCUUGCUGGUAGACUCUCACGAUUCCAGUAAAAUCAGGUACAUGUAUUAAAGAGUCCUGAAUACUGGCUCGGUUGUAAGAGGUUCUAAUGGUUCUAGUUGAGGGAAGCUUGGGACCCUUGCCUUUUCCUCGCCUCCCUUGCCACUGGACGCCUCAGAGCUGCAUCAAGAUCGUUACAUGUGUUAGAGAGUCGGUAUGUUAUAUGUUGGAAGAGAAAAUUGUAAAGGUUCUCAUGGUUCUGGUAGUUCUAAUGACAGGAAAGCAGGAUUCUUAUCUGACCCUCCUUUUCUUCCCUGCCUAUUAGACUCAGAACUGUACUAAAACUCAUACAUGUUUUGAAGAGUCAGGAAUUUCCCCUCGGUUGUAAGGAAAAAGGUUCUAAUGGUGUUUGUAUUACGAGCUCACCACCACCUCUUCCCGUGCGUGUCCAAGAGAGGCUCCCGUGUGUGUGUGUGUACGUGCGCAUUUCCUCUUCCUCUCAUGCACCUGAUUGAAAUGUCCGUCCUUCUGUCCGUGCCCCGCCUGGACGCGCCAUUGCAGCCUGUACGUAACUGCUUGAGUCGGAAACACGUUCUAUGUCUCACUGUUACUGAUGUUGCGAGUUAACGCCAUCUGUGUAGCCACGGUGUACUAACUUGACUGUUUAGUUGUAUGUAGUUGCGCCCACCCACCCACCCACCCACCCCAUUCACCCUUUCAUUUGCGGUACUUUGUGUCAUUAGAGCAGAGCAGGGCAGGGUAGGAAGGGAAUAUUGAAACGUUUACUAAUAUGAAAGACACACACAGAAGGAAAGAAUUUGUGUCCUUAGAGCAGAGUAGGAUAAGUUAAGUAAGGAAUAUUCGAAGGUUUACUGAUAUGAAAGACAGAUAGAGAGAAGGAAAAGUUUUGUGUCCUCAGAGCAGAGCAGGACAGGAUAGGUAGGGAAUAUUAUUGGGAACGUUUACUGAUAGACACGAAAGACAGACAGAAAGAGUUUGUGUCCUUGGAGCCGAGCAGGAAAGGAUAGAUAGAGAAUAUUAUUGGGAACGUUUACUGAUAGACACGAAAGACAGACAUAAAGAAAGAGUUUGUGUCCUCAGAGCAGAGCAGGAAAGGAUAGGUAGUGAAUAUUAUUGGGAACGUUUAUUGAUAGACACGAAAGACAGACAUAAGAAAGAGUUUGUAUCCUUGGAGCAGAGCAGGACAGGAUAGGUAAGGAAUAUUAAUGGGAACGUUUACUGAUAGGCAUGAAAGACAAAAGACAAAUGGAGAUGAGCUUGAGAUGUUUCAGCACAGGAAUAAAAGGCAAGAGUUCGACAUAUUUUGGUUCAGGGACAGUAAAGCGGUGCAAAGACAGGGGUUAUUUUUAUUCUCUCAUCGAAAUCUUAGAAUUGUAUAAGACUGAGGAGGAGGAAAAGAAGGAGAAAGAGAGGGAGGAGGAGGGUAUGAACGGAAGUGACAGCGAGGUGACAGGCCGCCCGUGUGACUGAUAAAACACCUGCGUCUUGUCUCAGUACGAUUCUCUUAUGCUGUUGAAGGAAAGCGUGACAAGCGUGUUAAAACUUUAUUAGGGACGCGGACUGGCUCAGAGAAAGAGAGAGAGGAACUAGUGUGAUUAAGCAAGGAUGAAAGUCAUCAGUUUACGGAGACUCCUCGCUGUGUUUAAGGAGACAACAGAACUGAGACACGAGGCUGAGGAAUACUGAACGACUGACUGUGUGUGUGUGUGUGUGUGUGUAAUAAAUAGCCAGCAAUGUGAAUUCUGAAUGAGUGGAAGUCAACAAGUGGUGACACACACACACACACAUACACACACGGAGUUGCAGCUUAGUCUUUUCCUUUAUACUUGAUAUGGUGUUAUUAUUUCACUACUAUUACUACUCCUACUACUGACACUUCUCUACUCUGGCGCUUCACUUGUAUCUUUUUGAGUUCCCCUUACAUUAACACCAGCGAACAGAAAGGAAGGGAUGUUAAGACAUUCUCUUUUUCACAAUUUCUUGGAUAUACUGUGUGUGUGUGUGUGUGUGUGUGUGUGUGUGUGUGUUAUAGAUGAACGUUUUCUGUCGACGUGAGUAAGAGAGAAAACGGGCCCCCAGAUAUUUUAGGCACACUAAUGUAAAUGCUUGCCAGAGUGGCGUUGUCAUGAAUCAAAUGAACGACGCGGUGAAAAAUGAACGUUAGAGUUUCCGCUUGUGUUGGCCGAGUGAAGUAAAAUGUGAUUGGUGGGCUUGGGGAGGCACGCCCCAGUGAUGGCUGGUGGGGGGCACGGAGGUAGGGGGAGAGCUGGUGGGCCUCCCUGCCUCCGGCCUCCCUAUGGCGCCGCUCCCACGUGUGUGUGACAAGCAGCCAGCCCUUUGCCACGGGGGGCGAGGGGGGACAGAGAGGCACCGGGCUCCCCUAGGACGCCACAGCUGCAGGUCGGGAGGACGUAGCGUACAGCUGUAUUUUUUACAAAUAAAAUAUGCGAACA